AGGAGAUGGAAGCUGUGGAGGACAAUAUAGGGUAGUGAAAAUGAUGGCGACCGAUGCAGAGGAGAUAAGAACCCAAACAAGCCCCUGUCCCAUCCCCGACAACAGUCUCAGCACUCUGUCCAUCAAAAUUACGCGGAAAAACCAGGACAGACACUGGAAGUUGCGGUUUAUAUACCUGCAGUGCUAUUUCUUGACCAUAGCAACAAUACUGGGAACUGGAAUCCUUGGUCUUCCAGUGACGAUAGCCCAUUCAGGACUGGUGCCUUUUCUUAUCUCCUUUCUUGUUGGCUUCUUUGUCCAGGCCUUACUUAUCUACCUGUUUGUGGAACUUCUUCAGAAAUGCCAGGUGGUACAGCUAGAAUCUUUAAAGACAGGUGUGGCAGAGUGCAUUGUGAUGGAUCAGGUGGGUAUGGAGGAUCCAACCCACACAGAGGAAGAGGACGAUGACGAGAGUGAAAGUGCCGAAGCUGAUACGGGUUUACUACAGUCAGAUGCCGCAUCCUUGCACAACCAAGAAGACAGCCUGCAGCCCAAUCUUCAUCUGCUUGGCCACCUCUUCCUCUCCCGGCCCAUGAGCCACGCCUUCAACUGCAUCCUUCUCUUCCAGUUUGUUUCUAUUGGGAUAAGUUACGUGUUAGCAGGCAGUGAGGCAUAUGCAGCUCUUCUUAAUGUCAGCCAUAUCUAUGUGAUCCCGGUCUUCACCUGGAUUCUAACCCUUGCUAUAUUACUAGCCCACACCAUCAUCCAGCCAAUCACGUCAGUGCUUACGCUGCUGAAAGGAAUCCUGCUCAUUGUCACAGUGGCUGUGACAUUUGCAGUGGGGUCAGAAGUCGGCCUUCAGAGCAGCAGUGACUUCAGUCAGAUGGGGAAACCUUUCCUAAUGGGCACGGUGGCUCUGGGAGGGAUUAUCAAUGUGAUGCCUCUACUCUUCUCACAGAUCUCACACAACAAAACCCAGAUUCUGUGGUUCAGAAGAGCAGUGCUUGCAGGUCUGACAACCUGCACUGUGCUCAACAUCCUCUGGUGCUGGGCAGUGCUGGAAAUCGUCCCCCAGACAUCGUUACCCGAGAGGCGAAUGGCGGCUGAGGCGACCACGCGGCCUUCCUCCAGCGGCCUCCCUGGUUCUCAAUCCUCCGUCUCCCCUCUGAUGUACUCCAACAUCUCUCUAGAAGAGUCUGAGAAAGCAGGAGAGAUAGCAACCAUCCCCCUGACCAGGAUUAUUAAUGAACGUUACAGGGCGUACUCCUGGGUGGCUGAGCUGAUCCAGGUCUUUAUAGCCAUCAGCAUCACCGUGUCCUUCCUGGUGAUGGGAUCUGCCAUGAAACACACGGUUGAUGGUCUGGUUAGCUCGAUGUGGAGCAGCAGACUGGAGUGGCUGUCUAAAGCCUGGGAACGAAACCUGCCCAACAAACAUCACGUCUGCUCGGCCAGAAGCAUGGUUAAAGGAUUGGUGUCACUGCUCGUGUUUAUGGUCAUCUUCAUCGUGUCAGUGUGCGACCCCAGGGGUUUUGUUGUCAUGUUGGACAAAGUUGUGUCGUUCUCCCUCAACACUGAAGUCGGACUGUUUGUCUUCAUCAUGCUGAGAGAAUCCAGAGAAGACAGAUUCCAGCACAUUGCCGUCCCUCUGCCUGUAGGCGACUGCGUCUUCAGCCUCAGUUGGCUGCUCCCCACCUACUUCCUGUUUGCUGUCACCUACGACGUCCUGCAGACUCUGGCCGAGGUGGCUCAUUACCUGCACUUCUUCAGCCACAGUCAGGAAGCACACUACCACAAUCUGACGGAGAGUGUAACAGCAGCCAACGUCUCCGUCCUGCUCUGAUUCGCUCACAGUGUGAUAAGAGACAGACCACGAGGAGUUCAAUUUGCCAAUAAUCUGAAUGUUAGAUAAGUGCUUUUAUAUUACUCACAUUUAUCCAGCUCUUGGCACAACGUGAACAUUUUAACGAUGAGUGUUUGUUUUGUUUUUGAGGCCAUCUUUGGCGGACAUUUUAGUUGUUUCUGCUCUCCACUUAACCUUGAAUAGUCUUUUAUGAUGCUCAUUAACAUUCAUGUGAGAGAGAGGAUUGUUUCACAACGCAAUGCAAUGCUCAAAGGGUAACCAUGGUUUUCUAGAACAAUCUGUUGUAAUUAGAGGGAGAGAUAAAACACUGAGGUUGGACACAAGGUGUAUCAAACAUUUAGGUCAUUUACAGGUUUCACAACUCAUCCAUGUAGAUCCAAAUAGGUCCAGCUAUCAAGGGAAAUCAGGUCUUCAGCAGUGACAGUCUGUGAUGAUGUUUCUGUCUGUUCUUGUAUUGGCUGAUCUCUAGACAGGUGCAAAUGCCAACCGCACUAAAAUAACAAGAAGAAGAAUGUAAUUACUUAUAGACUGUUCCAUACAGCCGGUCCCUGGUGUUGUAGAAAUGUAAAUAUUGUAGUUUGAAAUGUAUAUCAUGCGACUUUCAGAGUAGAUGUCGCACUUUAGCUCCAGUCAUCUUAAACCAAAACAAAGCUGAACCUUCAGCUCGCCACUUCCCCUCCUCCUCCACCCCUCCCAUAACUGAGCACAGCCAUUCCUACAACUGACCUCCAUUCAGAUACGCAGCCCAAAGUUGAUUCAGUUCUUAUUUCUAAGUAUUUCUUAACCAAACAAGUAUUACCAUUGGAAAGUCUGCUGGUUCUCUUUAAUUCUUCUCUUGUAACAAAACCCCACCGUUAUGCCCGCUCGAUCAGCGUUUCUAAGUGGGCGGAGCCGUAGCUCUUCCUCACAUGGGGGAGGGGCUAAGGGUUGACCAUGGAGGGGGUUUAUGUGAGUGAAAACAUGUUUGAGCCUCUGAGCGAAUCAGAAACAAGCUGAAAGAAUGAACACAGAGUAGAAAACAACAAACCCAGAGGGAGUUUGACUUCAAUCUUUUUUCUAGAAAGGCGAUAUAGUAAGUUAGGAUAUAUUUGGUGACAUAUAUAUUCAUGUUUAAAAAGUCUCAUACCUCUAAAUGAAAUACUAUUAAACACACUGUAUGCUAUUACUUGA